AUGUGGGAUCUUAAUGGUUCUCCGUUUAAGAGAAAAGACGAAGACUCUGAAGGAUGUUCUUCACUCAAAACAUCUUCUAGAGAUGAAGAUAAACGAAAAAGGCUUGGUGUUGGAGGAUCUGUUUCAAAUUCUAGCUCUUCUGCUAUCGUAGUCGAAGAAGAUUCAGAAGAAGAUAACAACAACAACAACAACAACACCAUCAACAACAACAGAAGAAGCAUGGUAAAGAAAAAUAACAGCAAGAUAUUUGGUUUCUCUGUCACACAAGAACAUGAACAAGAACAAGAAGAAUCUUUAGACAGUGAAAAUGUUCCUGUGACAAGAAAUUUUUUUCCCAUGGAUCAAGAAGCUGAAAACAUGGUUGUAGCAUCCAGUGGUGGAAAUGGAACAUCUUCUUGUUCUUCUACUUUUCCUCGUGCUCAUUGGGUAGGUGUGAAAUUUUGUCAAUCGGAAACACUUGGAAGUGGUAAAUCAAUGGAAGUUUCAUCUUCUUCUCAACCUAUGAAGAAGAGUCGUAGAGGACCAAGGUCAAGAAGUUCACAGUAUAGAGGAGUUACUUUUUACAGAAGAACAGGUCGAUGGGAAUCUCAUAUAUGGGAUUGUGGAAAACAAGUGUAUCUGGGUGGAUUUGACACAGCACAUGCAGCUGCUCGUGCAUAUGAUAGAGCAGCUAUUAAGUUUAGAGGAGUUGAAGCAGACAUAAACUUCAACAUAGAAGAUUAUGAAGAAGACUUGAAGCAGAUGAGUAAUUUGACAAAGGAAGAGUUUGUUCAUGUCCUUCGUCGACAAAGCACUGGAUUUCCCAGAGGAAGUUCUAAAUAUAGAGGUGUUACAUUGCACAAAUGUGGAAGAUGGGAAGCUAGAAUGGGUCAAUUUUUAGGAAAAAAAUAUGUUUAUCUGGGCUUGUUUGACACAGAGGUUGAAGCUGCAAGGGCUUAUGACAAAGCAGCAAUAAAAUGCAAUGGAAAAGAAGCUGUAACUAAUUUUGAACCAAGCAUCUAUGAUAGUGAGCUUAAUUCUGAACCAGCAAGUAGUGGUGGUGAUCACAAUUUGGAUUUAAGUUUGGGAAAUUCAAGUUCAAAGCAUAUGAAUAACACUCAAGCAUUUGGGAAUCACACAUCAAAUGUUGCAAAUCAUGAUCAAUCUAAUUGGCAGAAUGGAGGAAACAUAAACAAGCCUAAGCUUGUGAAUAUACUUCCAAAACCAUACAAUAGACCAAACAACAUGGAACCAUAUGGAAGAGAUUUGCAUGGAGAGAAUGAAGCAUUGAGAAUGCUAAGUCAAACUCAUCUUCAUUCUUCAUCGUCGAACGAUAUUCGUUACGGUCCCUUUCGAGAUCAAUCACAAAUGCUUCACAGUUUCGCACAUACUCAUCAUCACCCACCAAAUUUUCAUUUUCCUAGCAGCAGCUACGGAGGCCGAGUUGGAAGUGAUCUUUCGUUAUCAACAAGCAAUCAUCAACAACAACAAUGGCAAUCAGGAUCACAUUAUUUAUCAUCUGCUGCUGCAGCAUCAUCAGGAUUCCCACCUCAAAUAAGACCACCCUCUUCUCAAACUUGGCUGCACAAAAAUGGCUUCCACACUCUCAUGAGACCCUCUUGA